GACAAACACAACAUUGUUGCAUUGUCGGUUUCCACACAAGAAGAAGAAGAAGACGCUUGAGCGAGCCUGUUGCUCAGUUUAUAUUCCUGCUAGCUAUUUAUCUGCGAACAUGCCGUAUGCUAACCAGCCCACCGUGAAAAUCACCGAACUUUCUGAUGAAAAUGUCAAGUUUGUCAUCGAGAACACGGACUUGGCGGUUGCAAACUCUAUUAGACGUGUCUUCAUGUCAGAAGUACCCACGAUAGCGAUGGACUGGAUCCAGAUAGAUGCCAACUCAUCAGUUUUACAUGAUGAGUUCAUCGCUCACAGAGUUGGUCUCAUCCCUCUCACCAGCGACGACAUUGUGGAGAAAAUGCAAUACUCCCGGGACUGUACCUGCGAUGAAUUCUGUCCUGAGUGUUCUGUCGAGCUCACACUGGAUGUUCGCUGCACUGAUGAGAAGACACGCAACGUCACCUCACGUGACCUGCUGUCCAACAACCACAGAGUCAUCCCAGUGACUUCCAGAAGUCGAGAAAAUGAUCCCAGUGACGACGCUGAAAGAAACGAGAUCUUGCUGGUAAAGCUUCGCAAAGGUCAGGAGCUGCGACUGCGAGCAUACGCCAAGAAAGGCUUUGGUAAGGAACACGCCAAGUGGAACCCCACGGCGGGAGUGGCUUUCGAGUACGACCCAGACAACGCACUGAGGCACACGGUCUUCCCUCGCCCAGAGGAAUGGCCCAAGAGUGAAUAUUCUGAAAUUGAGGAAGAUGAAAUCCAGGCUCCUUACGACCCAAAUGGAAAACCAGAAAGGUUCUUCUACAACGUGGAGUCUUGCGGAUCUCUGAGACCUGAAACCAUCGUCAUGUCGGCGCUGGCCAUCCUGAAGAAGAAGCUGAGCGACCUGCAGACUCAACUCAACCAUGAGAUCCAGAGCGAUGUGCUCACUAUCAACUGAAGAUUGUUUUUGAAUCAUGUGAAUCCUCUUUUCAUCAUUUUUUUUUUUUUUACAGAUUAUCAUGCAGCUCUUAAAUUUGUUUGUCACUUGAAAGAAAUUAAAAAGGCACAAAUUGUGA